AUGCGACAUUUUUGGCGGAGUACGGGGUUUUGUCCUUCAAAACCUCAUUCUGAAAGCUUCAAGUAUGACACUGGACCAGACAUGAUACAAAACCUUGCGUAUAUUGGUGCCAUUCCUUUCUCAGGAAUACAACAAGUGCGUAUUCAUUGGUUGCUGGACCUUGUGCAAGUUAAGGAAUGGAAUUUAAAACCUAUUUAUGAGUUUUUGUGGCUUGAUCGACUUGUGGAUCAGCUUCAUGUGAAUGGAUUGUUUCCUGGAUUUGAACUUAUGGGAACCCUGAAUAAUUUCUUCAAUGACUUUGAGAACAGAACACAGUUAAUUCUUUGGAAAGAUCUUGUGAAACAAAUUGCAGAAAGAUACCUCAAGAAAUAUGGACUCCAUUAUGUGCAGCAGUGGAAUUUUGAGACUUGGAAUGAACCUGAUUGCCACGAUUUUGAUACUGUCAAUAUGACCAUUACAGGUUUCUUAAAUUAUUAUGAUGCUUGUUCAGAAGGAUUAAAAAUGGCCCAUAACUCUCUGAAGUUUGGUGGCCCUGGCGAUGGCUGUUAUUACAAGAAACAUCACCAUGGACAUAAGAAAUUUGCACAUGCUCUCCUCAGUCACGUGAUUAAUGGCACCAAUUAUUUCACUGGAGAAAAAGGUGUUCGCAUUGACUUCCUGUCUUGGCAUUUGAAGGGUGAAGGCAAAGCAAGGCAUAUACUUGAUCUUGAACAGCAACUGGCAGCUGAAAUCCAUCUAAAAUAUCCUGCUCUUCAAUCCAAACCCUUCUAUAAUGAUGAAGCCGAUCCUUUGGUUGGUUGGAGCAAACCCCGGAGUUGGCGAGCAGAUGUUAACUAUGCUUCUUUAGUGGUCAAGGUCAUCAGUCAACAUCAAAAUCUUUGUGAUUCUCUUUUAUUGAACUAUUCACUGCUCAGCAAUGAUAAUGCAUUCCUGAGUUAUUAUCCACAUCAAUUCACUCAACGGACUUUGUUAGCAAGAUUUCAGAUGAACAACUCCAGUCCUCAGCAUGUUCAGUUCAUAUGCAAACCAGUCUACACAGCUAUGGUUAUGUUGGCCUAUCUUGGAGAAGAACAAUUAAAUAUCAACAUUACAGGUGAAGGUUAUUUGAAGAAGGAGGAUAAGAAUUUUGGUGGCCUGGCAACAAGACAUAUUUCAAAUAAAUCACUACCCUCUGACAGUUUUCAGAUUUCUUUGUUAUUGUUCAAUGCCACAGACCCAGGUCCUAUUUAUGAAUUGGAAAAGGAUCCUAAUAUGAAUUGGGGAAACAUGCACAAGUUGUCUGUUCAUAUAUAUGUCAGUGUACCACCAACAUCGAGUAAAGAUCUCCAGAUGAUGGUUUAUAAAAUCAAUAACACUUUUGGAAAUCCUUAUGAUGUCUGGAAAAACAUGGGGAAACCAGAUUUUCCAACAAAAGAGCAAUUUCAGGAAAUUCGGAAACAAGAGGGUUUGCAAAUGUUGUACCACGCUGCUAUAAAUCCAGGUGUUGUUGAUUUACCUGUAUUAGGCUUCUCUGCUCCAUCUCUGUUGCUUGUUCACAUUUGUUCAAAAGCAGCUUCCCCACCAGGUCAGGUCAUUUCUGUUAGAGUACAGAAUAUUACAAGGAACCAGGUAUUGGUUGUAUGGUCUGACAGUCUUAUUGGUAGCAAAUGUAUUUUGAGAUAUGAGGUUGAAUUUUCUAAAAGUGACUCCUCUUCUGAUUACGUAAGAAUCAACAAAUUCAACACAACUCUAACUGCGUAUGUAUUUGCACCAAUCAUGGAUCAACAAGUCACUGAAAAUGAGUUAGUGAGAGGAUAUUAUCGAGUGAAAGCUGUUGAUUAUUGGCACCGAUCUGGCAGAUUUUCUCGUCCAUUUUACUAUUCUAAUUGA